AUGCAACUCCAGGGCAUCCUUUUCGUUACCCUCGCAAGCGUCCGCGUCGCUGAAGGCAGGACGAAGGGCCUUGACUGCAAUGCAGAGUCGCAGACAGACAGCUCAGCGGAUUCAUUUGCACCAAUAGUUCUGACGAGCACUGAGUGGGACUGCGUAUUGGGUGUUGCUGCGGAAUUAUAG